CUUUAUUUUUAGAUUUGAAAUUAAAGCAAUUUAUUUUAAAAUUAAAACAAAUGGUAUUUAUUCAAUUUGCUCCACUUAGUAUUCCUUUUCGUAGAAGAGUAGAGACUUUUGCAGUUCUUCUUGGUGUGUUUUUAGCAUUUUUGGCACAUACCUUUGGCAUAAUUUUUUGGUUUAUAUUAUUUUUUUCAAGAUGGUGGGUUUUUGCAGUUUUGUAUGUAAGUGUAGUUGUUGUUUUUGACAGAAAAUGCACUUAUCAAGGUGGUCGACCAAUAUGGUGGCUUAGAAACUUGUUUAUAUGGAAAUACUUUUGUUCAUACUUUCCAAUCAAACUUGUAAAAACAUCUUAUUUAAGUCCAUCACAUAAUUACAUCAUGGGAUAUCAUCCACAUGGAAUCAUUACUGCUGGUGCUUUUGGAAAUUUUGCUACUAAUGGGAAUAAUUUUAGUGAGCUUUAUCCAGGAAUCAAACCACGGUUAUUGACUUUAAAAUUAAUGCUCCAGUUUCCUUUUGUGCGAGAAAUAUAUCUUGGGCUUGGUUUAUGCGAUGUGUCAAAAGAAAGCAUUGAUUAUAUUUGUGGUGGAUCAAUGGGGAGUGGAAAUGCUGUUGUGGUUAUUGUAGGCGGUGCAGCUGAAUCAUUAGAUGCUAGACCAGGAUCUUGCACAUUGACUCUUAAAAGUAGAAAGGGCUUUAUUCGCAUGGCUUUAAUAACUGGUGCACAACUUGUGCCAGUGUAUUCAUUUGGAGAGAAUGAUUUAUACGAGCAGGUUAGUAAUAGUCAUGGCUCUUUGUUAAGAAAAAUACAAGAAGGUUUUCGAAGAUGGAUCACUUUUGCACCAGUUGUAUUUUAUGGUAGAGGGAUAUUUCAAUAUAAUUUUGGCAUUCUUCCUUUUAGAAGAAAAAUAACAACUGUUGUUGGUGCUCCAAUUCGUGUUUUUAAAAAUGUUAAUCCUCAACAGGCUGAUGUCGAUGCACUGCAUGCAUUGUAUAUUGAACGUCUUAAAGAAUUAUUUGAACGCUAUAAAAAGAUGUAUUCUGAUUAUCCUGAUGCUACUUUGGAAAUAGUUUAAAUCAUAAUACGGUAGAUCUUUUUUUAUAAAUCUUAUACUCUUUAAAUUGUUUUGUAUUUUAGAUAAUUUUUAUAUAAAUAAUAUAAU